GAGGAAGACGCGUUCAGAGUGAAAGAGGAGAAGGAAGAGGAGGCUGUUACAAUACAAAAACAAGUAGACAGUGAGGGUGUUACCGGGAAAGAAGAAAAAUACGUUACAGUAAAAGAAGAGGAAGAGGCGUUCAGAGUGAAAGAGAAGGAGGAUGUUACAGUAAAAGAAGAGGCAGAGAAAGAGGAAGUUGCAGUUUUUGGAGUGAAAGAGGAGGAGGGGGAGAUUACUGUCACAUCGAAAAAGGAAGCGGAGGAAACUGGAUAUCUGGGCCCGGUUUCCCAAACUCAUCUUAAGGCAUCCAAUGGUUCUAACGAUGAACGUGCCCUGGUUUACACUCGAGAGAGACAGGACUAUCGUGGAUCAUCUGGGGAGCCUCAACAACCUCAUGAUGCUGAAGAGGCAGAGAAGAGUCUCUCCAGAUCAGAACACCUCAAGAAACACCAGCAGAGACCCACAGGAAAGAAAUCUAAUUACUGCUCUGACUGUGGGAAAUGUUGCAAAUAUUCAUCAGACCUUAAAAUACACCAACGAGUACACACAGGAGAGAAAUCUCACCACUGUUCAGAUUGUGGGAAAAGCUUUUCAACAUCACAGAUUUUGAAGCUGCACCAGAGAACACACACAGGAGAGAAAUCUCAUAUCUGUGAUCAAUGUGGGAAGAGUUUUACUCAGUCAGGCUCCCUGAAAUCACACCGGAAACUACACACAGGAGAGAAACCUUAUAGCUGUAUUCAAUGUGGGAAGAGUUUUACUACAUCUAGCAAUCUGACUAUACACCAGAGAACACACACAAGAGAGAAAUCUUAUAGCUGUAAUCAAUGUGGGAAGAGUUUUAAUACAUCUAGCCAUCUGACUACACACCAGCGAGUACACACAGGAGAGAAGCUUCACCACUGCUCAAAUUGUGGGAAAAGCUUUUCAACAUCACAGUCUUUGAAGCUACACCAGAGAACACACACAGGAGAGAAAUCUCGUAGCUGUGAUCAAUGUGGAAAGAGUUUUACUCAGUCAGUCUCCCUGAAAUCACACCAGAAACUACACACCGGAGAGAACCCUUAUAGCUGUAUUCAAUGUGGGAAGAGUUUUACUACAUCUAGCAAUCUGACUAUAUGCCAGAGAACACAUACAGGAGAGAGAUCCUUUAGUUGUAAUCAAUGUGGGAAGAGUUUUGUUCAGUCUAGCGAUCUGACAGUACACCAGAGAACACACACAGGAGAGACAUAUUUUAGCUGUGAUCAGUGUGACAAGAGAUACUCUGAUAAAAGAUCUCUGAUCAAACAUCAGAAAAUACAUGAAGGAGUUGUUUCAUGAUAUCAAUUAAAUAAUUUCACAAUGUAGAAUGUUUUUAACAUUGUAGUAGGUGUAUUUUAAGGAAUCUCACAAUGUAGAACCCUAAAUGUUUGCCCCAUUCAAUUGAUUUCAGCAUGAUUUUGAUAUUAGCCUCUGGAAAAAUCCAAGGUCUGAAUUGAAUGAGUACUAUUUAUGUGAUUUAUCAAAAAGUGACUAACACAAAAAGAGCUGUGUUUCAAUUACGGUACCAUGUUGGUGACCCACUUGAAUCAAAAUGUAACUAGCUGUUUACCACGUUGGUGACCCACUGGAAUCAAAAUGCACACUUCAAAAUGUAGCUAGCUGUUUUCUACAAAUUGUCCUCUAACCAGUGAUGUACACAUUAUUCCCAGAUUAUGUGUGGUUUUUGAGCUGUUAGUUUUUACAUCUCCCUCCUCUCGCACAAUUGAUUUCAACAUGAUAUCGAUGAGUGAUGAAUAAGUGUUGUGUUCCUUUGGUUCGCGACCCCUAAAUUUAAAUGCAUCACUCCAAAAUGUAGCUGACUGUCUUGUUUUAUGAUUCCAUGCAUCACCAUUAAGUGAAUUGUUGCCAAAGAGGUGUACAUUUGGUUUUGAUAUUUCAUAUUUACAAUUCAUGUAACAUUUAGUAAUCAUAAAUAUUUAUGCAACCAACUGAUCAUUUUCGGGUAUAAUUAUAUUGACAUUGUUGCCCUGCUUUUAUAGUAUCAGGGUUAAUUCCGAGUGAACCAUUAUGACACACCCCUCACUACUGUCAUUGGUUACACUAAUUGCACUGUUUGUCUACAUAACCUGGUUCAAGUAUUCAUGACAUUACCCUGAGGAAGGCACAGUGAUGCCCGAAACGUUGGUAAAUACCCAUUAAAUUGCUGGGAGUUUAUA